UUUGUGAUCUUUCCUGGAUGGGCAUUUCUUGCUGAUGAUAAAUAACAUGGGCAGGACAGAUAGAAGUUAGAAGCCUGCUGCCAAAGGCUGCCACAGUCAAACUUCCUUGUCUCAUUGGGGGAUUUUGUUUUUCAUUCAUUGAACUGUGAAAAUAAAUGUGCCAUCUGAGGAUGUAUAAAGAGAUGGUCCUUUUGUUACUUCUUUCAGGAUAUAUCUCCACACCUGUAACUUCACAAAAACCCACAAGGCAACAAAGAAGAACAGAACUGCCUGUUACAGAAGACCCAGGGGAUGAUUCCAUGGAAGACACAUCUGCCCAUAAAACACACAUACUUUUACCUGUAACUUCACAAAAACCCUCCAAGCAUCAAAGAAGAAAGGAACAGCCUGUUACAGAAAACCUGGAUAUUGUGAGAACAAGUGAAGGACAUAUCUCCACACCUGUAACUUCACAAAAACCCACAAGGCAACAAAGAAGAACAGAACUGCCUGUUACAGAAGACCCAGGGGAUGUUUCCAUGGAAGAGACAUCUACCCAUAAAACACACAUGCUUUUACCUGUAACUUCACAAAAACCUUCCAAGCAUCAAAGAAGAAAGGAACAGCCUGUUACAGAAAACCUGGAUACUGUGAGAACAAGAGAAGGAAACACUGUACUACCCCUAGGACCUUACAUAGCAAAGCAGAAUCAUGGGAGAAAUGAAGAAAAAAUGGGAUAUAUUUCCACAUGUGAAACAUCUUCCCAUAAAACAUUCACUUUCAUACCUGUAAUUUCACAAAAAGCCAGGAGGCAACAAAGAAGGGUCAAGCUGCACAUUACAGAAGACCCAGAAAAUGUUUCUGCACAGAAGCCGUCUACACACACAGCAUACACUUUCUUUCCAGUAACUUCACAAACACCUACAAUGAAGCAACAAAGGGAAAAACUGACAUUUACAGAUGACUCAGGGCAUGUUUCUGCAGAGGAUCCCUCUACAGCGAACCAUGACUCAGUUCAAUUUACUUCAUUGGGAACAGAGGACUCCAGCCCUUCUGCCAGAAAAAGGGAAGAGCCUGUUACUGAACCCAUUUCUCCUUUGGAACCAAGAAAAGGAGGGGAAGAAGAUGAGACAACCUUCAGCCCUUCUAUUUCUCUUUCUCCAAGUCAAGAGUCCUAUAUGAUUUCUAAAAAUGCAGGUUCUAGGAAAUUCGAUGUCAGACUUCUAGGCUUGAGAACCUGA